UUCCCCACAGCUCCCAUUAGAAUUUUGCCUUAGCAAGCCUGGCCUAUGCCUAGCUUCCUCUCGUCGGAAAUCAGAUGAGAUUUGGUUCUUUUUCCUUUCUCCCAAGUUUGAUUCAGAGGUUUGUAGGCUUAUGACUCUAAAACCAUGAUCCAUCCAUAUCAUGUUGCUGUUGCUUUUUCCCCUAAUUCUUGGUUUGUGUCAGGUAACGAGAGCGACGUAGGAGGUCACCAAUUUUUUAGCAUUUUCUAGUAAGAAAAACAACCAAAAUUCAUCCUUCAAGCCUUGUUUUAAUCUUUAGCUUUGCAACUUAGGGUGGGAAGUCUCUUAUGAGUCAUGAAUUUGAACCCCCAAAAUUUUACAGUUUAUGCGCGAGUUUCAUGUGGUUUUCUUGCAAAAUAUUUUGCUGAUUAGAGCUGGGAUGUAUGCUAUUUGAAAAAUUCCUUCCUAAAAUCUGCUUGAGGGUUCCAAUUUUUGUAGCCAUUUUUGCCCUAGUUUGCUGGUGCUAUUUUAACACCAAAAUAUUGCCCUGCUUUGCCGCUGAAAUGUUGUGUUUUAGCUUAGUUUUUGGUUCAUUUUCUGUUGUUGUUCUAAACCAUAAAUAGUUGCUGUUUUGCCCAGAAAAUUCUGCUAUUUUUGCCCAUAAAUAACUAUUGUUUUGCCUAGAAAAAUUCUGCUAUUCUUGCCAACAAAUUUUGCUAUUUUUGCCCAUAAAUAGCUGUUAUUUUGCCUAGAAAAAUUCUGCUAUUCUUGCUAGAAAUUUGUGUUGUUUUUGCCCAUAAAUAGCUGCUAUUUUGCCCAUAAAAUUCUGGUAUUUUUGCCCAUAAAUAGCUGUUGUUUUGCCUAUCAAGUUUUGCUGUUUUUGCCCAUAAAUAGUUGCUGUUUUCCCCAUAAAUGCUGCUGUUGCAUGUGACAGUGAAAGUUGUUUUAAACAUACUCUAAGUAUGGUUAAACAUAUUUAUAUGUUAGUAAGAUUUCAAUGGGUAGAAAUAGUAAGGGUGUGUAGGAAAAAAUUGUUACCUUGGAUAAAAACUUGAUUCUGGAAUUAGAAACCAAUUUACCUAAAUGGGGUACAUUGUAAUCUUGUUUGUUCUUUAAUGUGGCAUAGGUUCUAAGUUACCACCAUCUCCUUGAAACCUUGCAUACUUGCUAUUGUAAACCUACAAGAAGAGGUAGUGAGAUCCAAGAUAAGGGAAACCAAGGGGAGUGAUGAGCUUGAGGGCUAGCCAUUGUAUUUUGGAUUCAGAUUAUUAUUGGAGUUAGGCCACUAGUCACAUAUAUUUUAGGACAUAUAUGAUGGAAAAUAGAUCAUACUUUUGUAGUCUAGAUCCCCUUGAGAAAGUUAUGACUUAUUAAUGGAGUUGAAUAAUUUUUUACACUCUUGGCCUAGUCAAACAUUGGUUCUCAAGUUAGAUUUUAUUAUAAUAUUGAGGAUUUUAGUUUAGUGGAUUGUUAAAUAUGAACUACGCAAGUUUCGAGCCUUGUGCAUUUGUGGGAUCCUCUCGCAAGUGUACGACAUCUGUUUCACUCCUGGUUUUGGAGGAUAACAUGCAUGUAAGUGAAU